AAUCCUGAGGAUCUCCUUAGGGGUUGUGGGUGUAUAAGUUUUGGCUUACAGUGGUCGACUAGAAGCAGUUCAUGGGCUCUUUGUUCCUUAAUCGCCGACUAUGCUGCUGUUUUUAUGGGUGUUUGCCGCCUGUGCUGGGCUUGUCUGGCAAGAUUGGUCUUUGCCAAAUGUGAAUCUAACUUUGGCAAGCUUGGGGAAAUACUGGAGGCCGGGUCAAUGAAGAGCCCACCGGGAGAAAACUGUGGCCAUGGCCGUGUUGUGUACGCCUACGAGGAGAACGUCGUAGCUCGUACUAUUGAAGCUACGAACGACGUGGGGAAUCUUACGGGGGCAAAUGGUUCGAGAAUAACGGUGCCUUCACGAGGGAUUAAAAGCAUGUAG